AUGCAGGUCAUCAAAUCCUCCCUCGUGCUGGUCAUGACUCUCGCUUCCCUAGCUCACGCACACAGCUGGGUCGAAGCUUUAUCUCUUCUCUCUCCCAACGGCAGCUUCACAGGCAUUACUGGUUAUCCACGAGGCAUGAUCUUACGCACUGCCCCAGGAUUUGACGACACGAACAUGCAGUGGCAACUACCUGAAAACCAAGCGAGCCAACUCAACGACAGCAUGCGCAUAUGCAGACCGUCACAGCAAACUUCCAACUACACCGACAGCAGUCUUCCAAAACUAGAGGCAUAUCCAGGCGCAAACAUGGCUUUACGGUAUCAGGAGAAUGGACAUGUUACCACACCGUGGACCAAGCCCGGGAAACCCGUAAACAGUGGUGUCGUAUAUGUAUAUGGCACUUCUCAGCCCAAAGAGGACGACACUCUGCUCGGUAUCCACGGUCAAUGGACGCUCGAUGGUAAAGGAGGUGACGGACGAGGCCGCCUACUGACGAGUCAAUACUUUGAUGAUGGACAAUGCUACCAGAUAAACAUCGGCUACAUAUCCGAGGAGCGACAAACGCAGUUUCAUCGCGUAGCAGAGACUGGUUCUUUUCAAGGAGCAAAUCUGUGGUGUCAGACUGACGUUCUGUUACCAAAUGACUUGGAUGUCGGGAAGGACUAUACUCUGUACUGGGUUUGGGAUUGGUCCACAAUGGAUGGCAGCGGCACUGUCACUCUGCCCGAACUCUAUACGACAUGUAUAGAUGUGACGAUUGCCGACGCUAAGACGGUCGGAGAUACAGGCGCAGUCGUGUCUGAUAGCGGUAGUAAAAGCGUGUCUUUCGUGUCAAUCACAAAUUACGGCGAGGCUGCUAUACAGUCUGUAUUCGAGAGUCUCUCUGCUGCACCGACUGUGCCGAAGGUGACCGCUACCGCGCCAGUCAAUAUUACUGCUUCUAUCUCUUAUAGUGUUGCUGUUUCGCUUCUCGCCAAGGGGGUCAGUUCUCCUGUCGCUGCUGCCCAGGGUGCAUCUGCUGUUCCUUCGGUACUAGCUACAUUGGCCCUGAGUACUCAUACCGUUGCUGGUACUAUGCCUGCUGGUGUCGCUGCGACCGCUGCUGCGACCGUCGGCUCUGGUGCUCCUGCUGCUACCAUCGUAGCUUCUGUAUCACCUACAAACCCGACUCAUUCAGUUGACCUUGGAAACGGCGGUGAGUGUAUCGUCGAGACAGUGACCGUAACAGUCACAUCGACCAUUCCUUCUCAACCACAAGCUCGUUCCACAGGGUCAUUGGCUCGACGGAGGAUUCUUGCUUUGGACGACGACGACGACGACGACGAUGGUUUCAAUUCUUGA